AUGGUCAAAAUGAUGAUGGCUAAAGCUGGAAUUAAAGGAUAUUUCACUCAUCACUCUUUGCGAGCAACAGCGGUUUCGAGAUUGUCUCAAGAAGGUGUAAACGACAAAUUGAUUCGGGGUGUUACUGGGCAUCGAUUGGAAGCCCUUCCAAGUUAAAAAAUAUAUAUAUAUUUGCGGUGCAAACUUCCCUCACGUGCAGCCAAAGGCUGAGUUGCGAAGGAACCAGAGAGGUGAGAUCGGACGUCAGCAUGUAAAAGCACACUCUUGCAGCCACUUCAGUCCAUGUUUUGAUCACUCCACGCUCACCCAGACCGAUGUCGGCACAAGUCAGAUAGACCAUGACAUCUGGGCCUACGUCCCCUACUCUUUUCGAACAAUGUCACGGUUCUUUACGUCCGCUUCCAACUGAAGUACAAAGAUGAAGGAGACAAGGCCAGCGGCUUAACGUCACCUCCCAAUGACGCGAUCGUCUGAAAUGAGAAAGGGGUUUCACAGCUAGCAUGAUCUCACCAGUUUUUUAAAGACUUUGGUUGAUGGUCCGGCCGGGGUUUGAACUCACGUACUCCCGGUCAGCAGACCGACGCUCUUCCAACUGAGCUAACCGGGCGGCGGGAAACAAAUGAACAACUACUUUCCAAAAUAGUGCAAGGCCGGUCCAUUGAAACCACAACCACAGAAAAUGUUGUUGCUGCGCAAAUUCCAAAUUCUUUGGGGUCAAUUAAUUUGAAUAUUUCAGGUGGAAAUUGUAACAUUACCAGUAAAGAAAGCUAG